GCCGCCAAAUCCAGUAAUGUCAAUUUCGGCGCCGGGCAGCAUAACUGUCGGCUUAGAAACGAUGAGUUCGGUAAAAAGCUUGGUGUGCAGCCCGGAUCUUACGAUGUUCGCGACCACGCCAGGUUGCAGCGGGGUUGAAGCCGCAGAUCUGGCCAGUCCAACGACGGAGAUUGGAAAAUACCAGUGUCUACUUUGUCAGAAGAGUUUUACGCAGAAGAACGUGUAUCAGAGUCACUUGAGGUCGCAUGGCAAGGAGAGCGAGGAUCCAUAUCGCUGUAAUAUCUGCAGCAAAACGUUUGCUGUACCAGCGCGACUGACACGCCAUUAUCGUACCCAUACUGGCGAAAAACCGUACCAGUGCGAGUACUGCAACAAAUCGUUCUCGGUAAAGGAAAAUCUCAGCGUCCACCGUCGCAUCCACACGAACGAACGGCCGUACAAGUGCGACGUAUGUGGACGCGCGUUUGAACAUAGUGGCAAACUGCAUCGUCACAUGCGCAUUCAUACUGGCGAACGGCCGCACAAAUGCACCGUGUGCGCUAAGACAUUCAUACAAAGCGGCCAACUGGUGAUACAUAUGCGCACGCACACCGGCGAGAAGCCAUACGUGUGCAAAUCGUGCAAAAAAGGUUUUACCUGUUCCAAGCAGUUGAAAGUGCAUACGCGCACCCACACUGGCGAGAAACCUUACACCUGUGACAUCUGCCGCAAGGCAUUUGGCUACAACCACGUACUCAAGUUGCACCAGGUGUCGCACUAUGGUGAGAAGGUGUAUAAGUGCACGAUCUGCAAUGAGACUUUUGGUUCCAAGAAGACAAUGGAGUUGCAUAUCAAGAAGCAUCCGGAAUCACCGGCAUCCGUCACUUCUACUAUUACAGAUAGCGACAUCUCUUCACCAACGGCGAGCGCUUCGCCAAUCGAACCGGAUGUUGAGAUCUCUCAGAGCGGCGGUGGUGACGGUGGCAGUAACAGGAGCAACCUUGACCCAGCUACGAUCCCAGCGAUUCUAGAUUUACCAGACAUCACUGUCGACGACAAGGAGAACCUAAAGACUGAAGAGGUCUAUUCGGAUUCGACAUCGAACGCUUAUGCCGUUCAACGCGACUUUGGAUACUAUCUUUAUUCUGGCAACAGAGAGCAGCCGUAUUCGCAACCAGUAGUUACAUCGCCGUCGAGUACGGUAGAACCCGUGCUCGCUGAUAUCGACGAGAAGCGCUUUCAAGCGAGCGUGGUGGUAAGUACGCCGAUGGAACCAAUGACCCAUCACGUGUUCUUCUAUCCCGAGCCAGCGUAUGCCAACUUCGGUUUAACAACCAAUGGCAGUGUUCAUCUCGAUACUGCCGAUUGCUCAUCUUUUUUGAAUUUACCGGGUAAUGAUGCGCGCCGAAGAGUUGAGGCCGCCUUAGAAGCGGUUGAGGAAGAGCGACAAAGACAAGAAUAUGGUGCCAGGAUCGUUAAAAUUGAUCGAGAUCCGUUGCUCACGCCACCGUGCAGUAAUCCUGAGAGCCCAGCUUCGUCACCUGACUUGGCCUUGGACCUAGUGAUACCACCGCGGGAAACGCUAAUCUUGCCACCCAGGAAACGUAGCAAAAUGAUUCUUCAAUCCAUGGAGAGCGAGUACAGGAAUAGUGGCGGCAGUGGUGACAACCUAAUGACGACCUCACAGAGGCAAAAUUCUGUCAUCCAGUUUGCGCGAGCUUCAUAGUGAACGUGCUGAAACUGUUAGAAAAGCUUUGUGAAAUCGCUUUGAAAGUAACUUUAGAAAUUGGAAGAGAUGAUCUCCUAAAAAAUGUUUUACUUUAAUAACAUCGAGAUCGAAAACUGGAAGAAAUCAAUUUGUGUGUUUCUUCGACCAGGACAAAUUUAAGUGAAAAGAGAAACGUAGAAAUCUUCAUGAAUUUUGCUGAUACUCUAACGU